GCAAAUUCUACAAAGUCAACUCAAGGGAGGGAGGAAAAAAGCUUUAUAGUCAGUUCCUGCCAUAAUGAAUGCCCUUUGGUUCCUGUCUGCUCUCACCUAUGGACUUUUGUUGCUUAAGGAGAGCACCUGCUGGACAUACCAUUAUUCACUUGAAACCAUGAAUUAUACAGAAGCUGAGAAGUGGUGUAAAACCCACUUUACCCACCUGGUUGCGAUUCAAAAUAAGGAGGAAAACGAGUACUUAAACAAAGAGAUCCCUUAUAAUGGAUCGUACUACUGGAUUGGGAUCAGAAAAAUUGGCAAUGUGUGGAGGUGGGUGGGAACGAACAAGGCAUUGACUGAAGAAGCUAAAAACUGGGCUAAAGGUGAACCAAACAACAGAGGGAAAAACCAGGACUGCGUGGAAAUCUACAUCAACCGAAUACAAGAUGCAGGAAAGUGGAACGAUGAACGUUGCAGCAAUAAGAAAAGGGCUUUGUGCUAUACAGCCUCCUGUAAUCUACAUUCCUGCAGCGGCCAUGGCAAAUGUGUGGAGACUAUUAAUAAUUACACCUGCCAGUGUGAUACAGGAUUCUACGGGCGCAAUUGUGAACAUGUAAUUACUUGUGACACACUGACAAAACCAGAUCAUGGUACCUUAGAAUGCAGUCACCCAGUGAAGGAUUUUAGCUACAACUCGUCUUGUCACGUUCAGUGCACCGAAGGCUACAAAUCUGCUGGUCUGGAACCAGUAUUGUGCACCGAUUCUGGAAACUGGUCUGCACCCACCCCUUUGUGUAAAGUUGCGGAAUGCCAUGCGCUCCAGACACCUGCUCACGGGUUCCUCAACUGCUCCCACCCCUCUGGGAAUUUUGCCUGGAAUUCGUCAUGUGAGUUUGGCUGUAAAGAUGGCUUUGCCUUGAGUGGCUCCAGCAGGCUGCAGUGUCGGGCAUCUGGAGAGUGGGAUGGACAACAGCCAGCCUGUGAAGCGGUGAAAUGUGAAGCGGUACCAUGGCCUGAAAAUGGCUCCGUGAGUUGCUCCCCUGUGGACGCAGAACUGACCUACAACUCAACCUGUGAUUUCGUGUGUGAGCAGGGCUACACCUUAAGAGGAUCGCCUCAAAUUCAGUGCUCAUCCGAGGGACGCUGGUCACAACCAAUCCCUGCAUGUGAAGCUGUGGAGUGUAGUGAACUGAAACCUCCGGCUCAUGGCUUCUUGAACUGCUCUCACGCUUCUGGGAAUUUUUCCUGGAAUUCAACCUGCAAGUUUGCUUGUGCAGAAGGGUUUGCUCUGAGAGGGUCCAGUGAGCUCCAGUGUGGUGCCUAUGGCGAAUGGGAUGGACAGCAACCAGAGUGUGAAGCAGUGAAAUGCGAGUUGCUACGUCAGCCCGAAAGGAGCUUUGUGAACUGCUCAAACCUGGAUACAGAUCCAAGGUACAAUUCAGUCUGCGAAUUUAGUUGUGAGGAGGGCUACACCUUGAGAGGAUCACCCAAAAUUCAAUGCACAUCCAAGGGACGCUGGUCAGAGCCAAUUCCUUUUUGUGAAGCAAUACAGUGUGAAAUACUGACACCCCCUGAGAACGGCUUCUUGAAUUGUUCGGAUCCUGAUAGGCAUUUUGUCUACGGCACAAUUUGCGAGGUCAGCUGUGCAGAGGGAUGGGCGCUGAAUGGUCCCCACAGGCUCCAUUGCCUUUCUGCAGGAAACUGGACGUCAAGUCUUCCCGCAUGUGGAGCAUCUUCAAGAAACGUGACAAUUGCAGCCACAGUCACUUCAGCCUCGUUGCUUUCAAUAGGAUCGUUCCUUAUUUGGCUCAUGAAGCGUUUUCGGAGGAAAGUGAAGAAAUUUUCUCCUGCCAGGUAUGUUGCAUUUAAAAACUUACAUGGAAAAUUCAAAGUAAUAUUUCGUUGA